AUGGAAAAGAUUGGCAAAUUAAAUCAAGAUGUAAGUAAACUUAUUAUUUUAUAAGGCCUGGCAAAAGUUUGUUUUUCAGGGUAGAAUAAGGUAGAGUGGGGUAGGAUAGGGUUGGGUAGAUUAAUGUAGGGUAGGGGAAUAUAAUUACAAUUUUAGGCUAAAAUAUUAUGGCUUUUUAAUUUACAGAUUUGGGAUAUUAUCAUCAAGCACAGUGAACUGACAUCAGUAACAAAUUUGGCUAGAGCUGGUCGUCGUUUUAACAACUAUGUUGGCUUGGAUUUCCAUAAGUUGUGUGUGGUAAACCACAUUUUUCGUCUUCCCGGAGAAUCGUGGGCCGACGCUUUCGCCGAGUAGGUUUCUACUUAAAACAACAUGCGGGUGGGAUAAUAUUUUAAGGACAGGGUAGGGUGACAAAACGAUAGGUAUCAAUAUAAAAGGCUAUAUUACAGUAUGUUGAGUGAUACAGUAGAAUAAUAUCAAGUUAUUUUAAACGUUACAGUAGAAUAGAUUUAGGUUAAUAUACAGCAGGAUAAGGAGAGCAAAGCUAGGUGUAAGACUAAGCAUUAAAUGGCGGGAUAAGGUAUGUUUGGACAAAGCAAAACUAACACAAGGGUAGGGAAAAAUAACGAAAAAGAAGGGUAGGGUAAAGUAUAAUAGAGUAAGAUAAUGUAGGGGAGAGUAGUAGAGUAGAUUAGGGUAUCUUAGGUUAAGACAGGGCAAUGCAGGUAUGCAUUUUCAAAUAUGAUGUUUGAUAGUCAAAUUUCAGUGCUCAUCGCCGCUUAUGGAUAGUCGCGGAGUCAUUUACAGAUGAAGUUUUAUACUUAAGAAGGAUGGUCAGCAUCGACUUUAAAAGCAAUAGUCACUUGGUUGUGUUUUCAUAUAACUCUACUGUAAUUGUUUGUAGUUUGGAUUUUUCGAGCACUUUUGUCAAAGUUUUCAGGUUUGAGAAAAAUGUCAAUGGGAUUGAUAUUUCUACAGAUCAAAAAUACAUUAUUAUUAAUGUAAGUUAUUAUCUAUGCCUUUUAACUCAAGGACGUCGAUAUAAAUUUUUUAUUAGGGAUGGUAAUGCUAAACUUUUUAUUUUGGCUUAUAGAAACCUGGUCCUAUUUUUGUAUGUUUUCAUUUUUUUACCAGUGGAAGUUUCAUUUCGGAUCAGCUCUGGCGGGGGAGGGUUGAAUCCAGCCCUAUUCACUCUAUCCCCUCCCCCCCUAGCGCUCUUCCUGUUUUAACUGUAAUCUAACUAUACUGCUCAUAGUACUAAAUGCUCUCUUUUAGGUUUGGUUUAAUGAUACAUAUGUAUAUGAGUUGGCAACAGGAAGGCCUCUCUUUACUCAAGCACGAAAAAGAAUGACAUUUAAUUCAAGUGUUUUCAAAUAUCACACUUUUGAGAACAUAGUGGAAGAAGUGUUAAGCACAAAAACCACUUUUAUGGAUAAUAUGCGAGAACUUGAACAUACAACUGAGCAUUAUUGUGCUCGUGUGGUACAGGACAAGCUGCUUGUUUACGACGUGUCCAAGGGAGUACAGUACGAACUGCCAUUGAAUCCAAGUUUUGGCAAAGUUCGUUCUGUGCUUUUUUUUGGUUCGCUCCAAUUGUGUUUUGAUUAG